UGCCUGGAAUCCCACUAAAUCGAGAAUCGGAAUCGGUGGAGGAUGUGCAUAGGGUACUCCGAGCCCUCCCCUUAUUUAGAGAAAUGGAAGGUAUCUUGCGUGAGAGGAACCUGAAUCUCCCGUCAGUACAGGAAAUAAGCGCUUUCCGUGUGAAUCUAUUCUCUGGUAUCCGGCGUGAGAGUGCGAUUGCGGACUACGACGCUUUUUGGCGCUCCUUACUCGAGGAGAUUCACACACCUCAGGGACGUAGUUGUUUUGGUCAGAGAAUACAAGAUCUGCACGCCCGAAUGUCUGCCGAGGGCAACUGGGACUACUUGAUUGCCCAACAAGGCAGAGGGUAUUUUGGUAACCUACCUAAUCUCAACAGCCCGUUGGAUCAAUAUCAAUUUGGAAUUCACCCAAUUCUGGAUCUGAAUAUUGGUGAGUACUAUGUCUCAUUCACAAAUCUAUCCUUGUCUAUGCUACUCACUCUCGGUUUGGUCCUACUUCUGGUGCUGCCAAUGAUUCUUCGUUCAUUAGAAUGUCGAUUCCUCACAAUCGCUCUUUGUGAUGCUGCGGAACCAUGGCAAUUAGGAUCUCAAGACGCAGCAACACCUAUGAUGCAAGGAAUCAUUGACUUACAUCACGAUAUCUUUUUCUUCCUCAUUCUGAUUUUGGUUUUCGUAUCACGGAUGUUGGUUCGCGCUUUAUGGCAUUUCAACGAGCAAACUAAUCCAAUCCCGCAAAGGAUUGUUCAUGGAACUACUAUCGAAAUUAUUCGGACCAUUUUUCCUAGUGUCAUUCCAUUGUUCAUUGCUAUACCAUCGUUUGCUCUGUUAUACUCAAUGGACGGGGUAUUAGUAGAUCCAGCCAUUACUAUCAAAGCUAUUGGACAUCAAUGGUAUCGGACUUAUGAGUAUUCGGACUAUAACAGUUCCGAUGAACAGUCCCUCACUUUUGACAGUUAUACGAUUCCAGAAGAUGAUCCAGAAUUGGGUCAAUCAUGUUUAUUAGAAGUUGACAAUAGAGUGGUUGUACCAGCCAAAACUCAUCUACGUAUGAUUGUAACACCCGCUAAUGUACCUCAUAGUUGGGUUGUACCUUCCUCAGGUGUCAAAUGUGAUGCUGUACCUGGUCGUUCAAAUCUUACCUCCAUCUCAGUACAACGAGAAGGAGUUUACUAUGGUCAGUGCAGUGAGAUUUGUGGAACUAAUCAUGCCUUUACGCCUAUCGUCGUAGAAGCAGUGACUUUGAAAGAUUAUGCGGAUUGGGUAUCCAAUCAAUUAAUCCUCCAAACCAACUAAACCGGGGAAGCUGAAGCGGAAAUGCAAUUCUCGGGUGAG